CAGCCAUGGCUCUGAAGGGACCCUGCCCAGCUCUCCUGCUGCCCCUCGCUUUGCUGGUCGCCUGCCUGGCCCUGUCCAGCGGGGAUCCAUGGAAUCUGCUGAAUGACAUAUUCCGGAGACAGCACGUGAACAACCCCAAGAACGAAGCCAUCAACAACAAAGUCUACUGCAACAUGAUGAUGUGGGACCGGGGCGUAUUCUGGAAGUACACCAACACCUUCAUCCAUGCGCCCAUCAGCACUAUCAAUGCCGUCUGCAAAGCAGAUGGCAUACCCGUUGGGGGCUUCAAACGCAAGAGCAAGAAGGAGUUCACAAUCACCACCUGCACAUUUAACUUGGGGACCUUCUCUUUCAACGGACUCAGUGGCAAAAACAAGAUUGUCCUCGCCUGCUUGAAUGGACUCCCUGUGAAAUUUGUGAGGCACAUUUAGGACCCAGCCAGGGUGUGGAAGGCAAGAGGGGGACCCUGCUGCUUGCACUAACCCUGCUCUGUCCCUUCCACAUUGGCCACGGCACCUGGCUCCUCACCCACCUCUAAACACUAGUAAGAUGGUAUACGUGUUUUCACCCCUCAACCACCGCUGCCCCUGUGCCCAUUAUACUGUAUAGCCUCCCCUUCCCCACCCCACCCUCUGUUGCCCCUAAUGACCAUUAUACAGUAUAGCCGCCCCUUCCCAAUCUCCACCCUCUGCUGCCCCCUAGUGCCCAUUAUACAGUAUAGCUGCCCCUUCCCUGCCCCUCACCCUCUGCUGUUCCUAGUGGCCACUACUGUAUAGCUGGCCCUUCCCCAUCUUGUUAUCCCUGCUGUCACAUGGCGGCCAUCUAAAAACCUAUCCUUUAAUUAAGAAAUAUUAAUCAGUUUCAUGUUCUUGUAUUGUGUAUUCAGGCUGAUCAUGAGCAAUCCUCAUAUAUGUCAAGAUUAAGUGUUA